ACAUAAGCUACAGUACAGUCAUUUGUGAGAAGAAAAUGAGAGUUCCUGUAAAAAUCAUCUGCUUUUCCUGUUUUCUUUUUUCUGUUACCUUUGUGCAAGGUCAAGAAUGUCUUCGAGGGGAUAUUACAUAUGAAAACAUAGAACGAGUUGCAAAACCUUCAUAUGACGAUGAUGAAACAGUGGAAGUGAACUGUGUGACAGGUUAUGUCGGCUUUUAUAGAUUAAAGUGUAAAAAUGGACAAUGGCAGACGUUCAUUGCACGAAGCUGCUCAAAGAAGAAAUGUGGUCAUCCAGGGGAGACAGCAAAUGGUGAUUUUAAACUUAUAGAGGGGAGAGAUUAUACUUACGGAGCAACAGUGGAGUAUACUUGCAAGAAAGGGUACGAAAUGGCAACUAGAAUCAAUCGACGUCACUGUAGAAUGAAAGGGUGGGAUAAUUCUAUCCCUAUCUGUGAGGAGGUGAGAUGCCCUGUGAUUCGCACAGACGGGGAUGUGACUGCAUCAGGGAACACACGGGAAGGAACUUAUGGCGAUGUUAUACACUUUGAGUGUGUAUCUUCUGAGAAAAAGCUAGAUGGAAGUAGUGUCAUUCAUUGUAUGGAGAAUGGCGUUUGGAGCGGACCUGUUCCACAGUGCAUAGUAACGUGUAAUCUUGAUGUGACUGAAUCUGGAGCAGUAAGAACCAUACCUGAGGGAAAAACCAUUUUCAAAGCUGGAGAAACAGUGGGAAUUUUCUGCUCUGCCAAAAACCCUUUCUUUCACAACCAGGAAAAAUUUACAUGCACAAAUAAUGGGAAGUGGGAUUACAAGCCAACUUGUGAGGAGAUAAGAUGUCAAGUUCCACAGAACCAGCAUGUGUUUAUACCAAUGUUUUACUUCAGUGGAGAUCUGAAUUUGAAUGUAAAAAAACCUUACAGUUGUAAGUCUGGAUAUCGAAAAAUGGCAGCUGAGGCCACAUGCACACGAGACGGAUGGACACCGAAACCACUGUGUGCUGAUGUAACGUGUGCAGCACCAAACAUCCCAAAUGCAGAGAUUUUGGGAGAUCAGAGAACAAUUUACAACAUCAAUUCAACAAUACAAUAUAAAUGUAAUCCUGGGUUUGAACCAGAACAGCCUGUACAAAUCACCUGUACUUCCCAGAAUCAAUGGACAGGCAUACAGGAAUGCACUGAAAAGCAGAAAACCUGCCGUGAUCUAUCCGUGGAAAACGGGUUGAUAUACAGCAACACCUCCAAUAAGGAAGAAAUAUUAUACAUCUGCAACACGGGUUAUAAACCAUUCUCUGGGAACUGGUGGGAUUCAGCAACAUGUAUUGAAGGCUCUUGGUCUGACGAAACUCGGUGCAUCCCGGAGGAAGAAUGUGGUGCUUUUCCCAGAGUUCACCAUGGAAAACUAAAGCAAACAAAGGAGACCUUUCAAGAUGGAGACACAAUAGAAUUUGAAUGUGAUCCAGGGUUCAUAGCAACUCCACACUUCAUAACAUGUGUCAAUGGUACAUGGGAGAAACCAGUGUGUGAGGUGGGUGUGCAUUGUGACAUUCCUCCAAAAGUGGAAAAUGCAUUCAUAACAUCUAAACCUGAAGAAUUGUAUGUAGAUGGAUCUAGAGUAACAUACAUAUGUCAAAGAUCAUUCUUAAUGAAUGGGGAAAAUACAGUUUUCUGCCGCAAUGGAAUUUGGGAAGAAACACCAACAUGUGAAGAGGUAAAGUGUGUCGCAAAACUGCCAGUAAACAUGAGAUCAGACGCCACUGAGGACGGACCCCUGGGGACUGAGGUUUCAAUCAGACCUGGACACACAAUAAUUCUUUCAUGUGUUGGGAGGCGAACAAAAUUACAAGGAGAGCGAAAAAUCACCUGCUUGUCAAGUGGAGAAUGGAACGUCCCGUUUCCUAAAUGUGUAGGAGAGAAAUGUGAACGACCACCUCAAGUAGAGUUUGCAGAUACAACUGAAAUGACUAAAUCUGAAUAUAAUUCAAGGGAGAAAGUUGAAUACAUCUGCUUUCAUAAAUACACACUGGAUCUGAGUCCCCCCUACUCUAAAUACUUGACCUGUGAACAAGGCGAAUGGAGGGGGAUAAUUAAGUGUUUAAAGCCUUGUUCAGUGACGGUGGAGGAAAUGGAUGACAGAGGUAUAGAGCUGCGAUGGCGUGGACGAGAAAAGAUAUUCUCACCACAUCAGGACAGAAUCAUCUUUGCAUGUCAGACGGGCAAACAUUUAAUAGACAGUAACAGUAACCUAAUACAAUACUGUAAUGAUGGAGUGAUGAAUUUACCUGAGUGUGUGUGACAAGGAGAAUAAAACAUCACUGAUACAUCAGCUACUAAUCAAAAACAAAUGGAGCAAAUCAAAAUAAACCCUUUAACAAUUCUCUGUUUUGGAAUUCUUGCAAUUAAAACUAAAUAAAUUAUAAAAUCAAUGUCAAAAUUAAAUAAAAAAUAAUCCAAAUAAAAUGUGCAUGUAUGAAAACGAUAUUAAUUAAUUUAAUGCCAGCUAUGUGAGCAUAUGCAUGAAAAAAGCUUUUUUUUAUUUUAUUUUUUUUAACCAAAGACCAAAGAGAACAUUGCUAAUAAUCAAGUGUUUUUAGUAUCGUGCAAAUAUGGGGGGAAAGAAAUACAUGAGUUAUAAAACUUUAUUUUUGCUAGGUUUCUUGCUGAUUACAAAUGUGAUUUCUGACAUGUUUAUAUGUACUAUGAUCAUGAUGUAUAGGAGACAGAGCAGUACAUAAAUAAAUAAAUAAUUUUUUUCAAGUUCA